AUGUAUGUCUCCGUGUCUGUAAUCUCGGUGGACCUGCAACUUCUCACUAACAUUAAGAACUGUACGAACUGUAAGAGACGGCGGGUGGACCUACUUGAAAAAGCUCAGCUGCUCCUCAGCUACUACCACCCAAGUCGCGACCACGACCACUACAACAACAGCAGCACCAACAACGACUACACAACCACCCACAACAACAACAACGGCAACAACAACAACGACUACACAACCAACAACAGCAGCACCAACAACGACUACACAACCACCACCCACCACCACAACAACAACGGCAGCACCAACAACGACUACACAACCACCACCCACCACCACAACAACAACGGCAGCACCAACAACGACUACACAACCACCACCCACCACCGCAACAACAACGGCAACAACAACGACUACACAACCACCACCCACCACCACCACAACAACGACAACAACAGCAGCAACUACAACUACUACUGCUUCAACAUCCACGACUUCAACAGCAGCACCUACAACUACUACUGCUUCGACAUCCACGACUUCAUCAGAAAACUCAACUCCUACUACCAUACUUGUGUGCACGCCGCCUCUCACCAGCACAACGGAUGUGACUUUUACCACAACCCAACCGUUGACCUCGUCUUCCACUGUUACCUCACCAUCGCCACCACCACCACCACCAUCACCAGCAACAACAGCAGCAACAACAACACCAGCAACAACAACACACCAGCAACAACACCAACAACAGCAACAACAACAGCAACCACAGACCAAACUACAACACCGUCAACAACAGCGCCUACAACUACUACUUCGACAUCCACGACUCAAUCAGAUUUUAGGAUGGAAAGAAAGUUCAACACAAGCUCGACAGACGCGCCGGCAUACAGGAUCGAGUCUGUCGGUCAGUGUGAGGAGGCCUGCAGGCUGGUGACCCAGUGUCAGGCCUAUGCCCUCAACAUCCACCACGUGCACCCUGUACACUGCCACCCGCUACAUCAGCUCAGUUCGUGUCAAGAGCAGCGGCUUCAGCGAGACCUGCAACAUGACAGGAGAUGACAGAACAUCUUUGUCCUACUCACCAACCCUUCAGUCGUGUGAAGGUGUGUGUCUUCGCAGCCGACUGUGCAAAGCCGUGGUGUUCGACUCCAGUGGCCUCACCUGCAGCCUGUACUCGUCCCUCCCUGCCCACAAGGACGAUAACCCCAGUCUCACCCUGUCGUGGAAACUCUCAGAUGAAGGCGAAGUGUUUACAUUUACGUUCAAGAAUGAUGGAGAUAACGGUUCGACAAGACUGUUCUCCACUUCACACCUGUGUGCUCUACAAUUGGUCUCUGGACUCCUAGCUGCUCUCCUUCUCUCCUGAAACUGAUGCCGUGGAAGAGGAAGCCCACUCUCUUCUGGUUGCUAUGGAUAAGAAGGACAUGGCACGUGUUUCAGCAGACCUGUGCAUCGUUUUUCAUUGUUUACUGUUUUACUGUACACGUGUUCACUUGUAAGAGUUAAUGUCUAUUUUUUAACGAAGAUGCCACCUGACAAACCAUGUUCACACUAUGGCAGCCUGUGAACUCCACUCGCAUGUCAGGAGUCCGAGGUCUCUAUGGACAGUGCGUGUGGUGCAUGUGUGUGUGUGUGUGUGCUUGUUUGUGUGUGUGUGUGUGAUGUGUUCUAGGGCGUGAGAUUGCCCGCUCAUGUUUUGUUCGUGUGGGGAGUCUGCACGUGCGUGCGUUCAAGACGAGAAAUGUCUGUUUUAAUAUAGGUGUACAUAAAGUACAUACCUGCGCAUGAGUACACAGGUGUACAUAAAGUAUAUAGGUGUACAUGAGGACACAGGUGUACAUAAAGUACAUACCUGCGCAUGAGUACACAGGUGUACAUAAAGUAGUGCCUUGGAGUGUGUGGCUGGUGAUUGACGAGAGGAUGGCUGCUGUCACUCAGGUGUAUGGCUAGCGCUAUGUCACGUGACAAGUAUCAGGAAUCCCAUUGCAUACUCAGAUGGUCACAUGGUGAUGUCGGCAUACAAAGCAAAUCAAACUUUAUUGUCUGUCAGAGGAAGUUCAAGACAGAAAUGUUUCUUUUGCUCACAAACCCAGCCUUAUAUACAAACAUAUGUAUAUUUGACAUGAUGAGCAGACUGACUGUCUUUCAACCAUAUGUCCCUUUUACUAAACAUUACAGAAAUCUUUAUGUGAGUUUUUUUUACACAUUUUAUAAAACCUUGAAGAGGUUUAGUUUUGUUUACACUAUUUUUCCUGUUGUUAAAAUGCCAUCAUCAGUAUUUAUAAGCUAUCAUCGAAGUCUUUAUACAUUUUUGAUUCUAAUCUCACAGUGCUGCUGUCCUCGUAGCAGUGGCUAAGGAAUGUCACAGUCUUUAUAAAUGUAGUUUUCUAUUUUGUUUUUACUAUCUUUAGAAUGUCACGUGAUAGAGUGCAGAACUAGGUGUUGUUUCCUAGUUAUAACCUUUAAAAUAUUUUAGAAAAUGCACUGUGGAGAUGUUCUUUUCUACAUUUCUUUAAAGACAGUAACAAGGUAUUUUUGUGGGAUAGCACCUUACAUUACUUACAUUGCUCACCCUACCUUACAUUUCUAGGGUAGCACCUUACAUUACUUACAUUGCUCACCCUACCUUACAUUCCUAGGAUAGCACCUUACAUUACUUACAUUGCUCACCUUACCUUACAUUUAUAGGUAGCACCUUACAUUACUUACAUUGCUCACCCUACCUUACAUUCCUAGGGUAGCACCUUACAUUACUUACAUUGCUCACCCUACCUUACAUUCCUAGGGUAGCACCUUACAUUACUUACAUUGCUCACCUUACCUUACAUUUAUAGGUAGCACCUUACAUUACUUACAUUGCUCACCCUACCUUACAUUCCUAGGAUAGCACCUUACAUUACUUACAUUGCUCACCUUACCUUACAUUCCUAGGGUAGCACCUUACAUUACUACAUUGCUCACCCUACC